AACUGCCAUCUUGAUCCUUGUAUAUACACUUCCCUGUACCUUCCACUGCCAGUCACGGACGUACCAUCUCAUGAAUGUAUCUUGUGGCUAUAUCGUCUUGAUAUAGGUACACGCAUACACUCGUUUGCGUAAGUCCCUCAUUAUAUCCAGCAGGAGUUAACUUUCCCUUCACAAUGACUUUUCAUAUAUGGAGCCUCCAGUGGCUGGUCGGCCUAGCUCUGUUGGGUACAACUGUUAUAUACGUUGCCUUCACCAGAGUCAGAGGACGCAGCAUACUAAGCCGUGCCCGCAAAACAUCAACAUCAAAGACACCACCACGCUCGCUAUCCCCAGAGAAAAAGCCUUCGGCAUCUUCAGGUGCGCCUGAUACAUGUUACAGCGAUGCCCUACCCCCUCCACGAAGAGAGGCAAUGCUCAACAUGAAGAGCAAAAUACCCAAAACGGCCUCGAAGCAUAUUAGUGAAGAACAUAUCCUCAAAAACAUUCUUCCCAUGACUCAGAAUUAUGAAACCGCUAGUGAUGGACUCUAUACUUCGAUGGGCUUCUCUGUAAAGGAGAUCAAGGAGAUGGGAGACUUUCUAGAUUACUCUGCGCUGAGUGGUGUGCCCUUGCCGAAUGCUCAUCAGGAGUUUAAGAUUGAGAAAGCCCUGCCUCGACCAUAUCGGCCGUUUAGAUGGAAUUAUCAUCAGACCAUGUCAUUGAAAAAACUUGAAACCGAUUGGUGGGUCGAGCUCGAAAAUACGUACAAAGAACGAAUCGCCCAGCGCAAGGCACUAUAUGAGAAGCAUGGCAAAGAUGUGCUUGACUGGAUGCCCGGAUCGGAACUCGCUUGCAAAGAAUUGAUGGAGAUGGUCUUGCAGUUUAUCUGCGCUCGCUACCCUCAAUAUUUUUCCAUUCGAGACGACCGUAUUUUGGUAAACAAGAUUCUGGAGACCGAGCAGGACAUCCGUUCCAAACAGCCCUUGGAAAUUCUCAUGGACAAUGUCCCCGAAGACUUCGCCAUCACCUUGAGAGACGACAAAACCGGUUAUUACGUGUUUCGUGCAGGUGUGAUAUGCUCAUCGCUCGGUUGGAAUGUCGGUACCAAGAUUGGACUCCAGCUUCAUGAAAUUCAUGCACCAGUUCCCGACUACAAGGAGAAAAUGAGGUUCUCCAUGGACCGAUUCUUCACCAAAAUGCCAGCGGAUAAGCCUAUCCAACGUGGCUCGUGGGGCUUAGAGAUCGAUAAACCGUUGUACAUGCCAGCGGGACAUCCACACGAGCAACACAGACUGUCGCAGAAACCAGAUCUUGCCCUUAAAGACUGCUUCCUUCGAGUUGACUGGCAGACAUUACGACGUCUUCCCAUCUCUGGAGGUAUAGUCUUCAACUUCAAAGCGAUUUUCACUCCCGUUCAAGAAUUUAGAGACGAGCCGAAGAUCCCCGCAUUGGUUGCCAAGAUUCUACGAAACGGAAAGGAGAAUCUCAUGAAGUACAAGAGCACAUGGCAUGUAGAGCAUGUUGUGCUUCCCGCAUUAGACAAAUGGAAUAAGGAGCAAGAGGACAGCGGUGCCAUUGAAAGGAAUUGGGAGGUGACCACGUUAGAUGAGGAUCCGUGGUACAAAGGUUGGGAAGACAAGUGGCACCGUCAACAAGGGUUUUAGGUGGAUCCAUUAAGAGUUGCUGUUUUCUUGCGAGAUCGUCGAGCGUUUCAAAUGCACGCAUGUAAACGUAUCAUGUUCCUAUUAUCGGAUCCGUCAUGAUUCAUGGAAAAUCGGCGUUGGUGAGAUUAUCUCAAGAUUUCUUAUUCCAUUUUCAUUCCUCUUGCCGCAUAGUAUCUGAACCGCGAUCACUAUCAUCGUCUUGCCUGCUGUGGUAACUUGCCACACUCUCCCGGUCAAGUUCCUCCAAUUCAUCAGCCAACGGGCUAAUUCGUUCUUCCAAUAAGUCCAGAUCUUCUAGCAUUUGUCGAGAAGGUAGCUUCCAUAAACUCGUCGCGCACACUCGAUCUUUCGUGAGCAAAUCGUCGAUAAACUGAUCCAUGGUGGUAAGAACGUAAUUUUCGCGCAUCCUUCGCUUCAGCUUCCUAUAAUCCAGCAGUAGCGGCUCCAGAUAUUUGUAAAUUUCGGCAGCUUCGAACGUAAGACGAAUAUAAAAUGCGGCGAGGGAUCGUAAAUACUUGAAGUCACCUCUACCUUUGACCACUUCUCCGUUGAUUUCUGUAUCCUCCGGGUUCUCCUCAUCUCCACUUCCUGGAUCAGUGAAAUUCAAAUAUUCGAGAACAAUGCUUUUCUCUGGCGCUAGCUGAAGCAUCUUGAAAGCUAGG